AUGUCUGUCCAUGGCAACGCGGACUCACCAGAUUCCGAAGCAGCACCCACGAAAAUGGGCUCGUCCGACGCGACCAACGGUAAUGAGAUCCUGCAAAAUGGUCGCUCUGAACGAUCCUCCCGGUCGCCUCUCCCUCCGAUCAAGAAGGAGGCCUCGGCCGACGACGAAGCCGCAGCCAUGAAGGCAGACUCCGAUUCGGGCGCGAUGAAGGACGAACACGAAAACACUCUCAAGGAAGAGACCAUCAGCGGCGAGAUUGUCGUCAAACAAAUGCCUGGACAGCCACCCAAGCUAUCUCGUAGCUCCUCGCAAAAGGUCGUACCGCGGCCGCCGCAGCUCUUUUCCGACUUGCCAGAUAGCACCGCCGAUGCGCUGGCCACUUUUGAGCAGAUGGACGCUUGCUGGUACGCAAACAAGUAUAUGGGCUACACUGAACACGCCAUGGAAUGCGACUGUGCUGAGGAGUGGGACUCCGACAUCGGCCGGAAUUUGGCUUGCGGCGACGACUCCGACUGCAUCAACCGUGCGACCAAGAUCGAGUGUGUAGGGGACUGUGGCUGUGGGCCGGACUGUCAAAAUCAAAGAUUCCAGAAGAAAGAGUACGCGAAGGUGUCGGUCAUCAAGACCGAGAAGAAGGGAUUCGGAUUACGCGCAGAGUCCAAUCUCGAGCCGCAUCAAUUGAUCUUCGAGUAUGUGGGCGAGGUGGUUGGAGAGCAGCAAUUCCGGCGCCGCAUGAGGCAAUACGAUGAGGAAGGCAUCAAGCACUUUUAUUUCAUGUCUCUGAACAAGGGGGAAUUCGUGGAUGCGACGAAACGGGGCAACCUGGGACGAUUCUGCAACCAUUCAUGCAACCCCAACUGCUAUGUCGACAAGUGGGUGGUGGGUGAGAAGCUCCGCAUGGGUAUCUUUGCGGAGCGGGCGGUGCAGAUAGGCGAGGAGCUGGUCUUCAACUACAACGUGGACCGAUAUGGCGCAGAUCCUCAGCCUUGUUACUGUGGCGAACCAAACUGCACAGGAUUCAUCGGUGGGCGGACUCAGACUGAGCGGGCGACCAAACUCUCCAAUGCGACAAUUGAGGCCCUUGGCAUUGACGAUGCCGAUGGGUGGGAUACUGUGGUGGCCCGACGUCCUCGCAAGAGGAAGACCGAGGAAGAUGAUGAAGAAUACGUCGACAGCGUGCAACCUAAGUCUCUGGACGAGGAUGGCGUGACCAAGGUCAUGGCGGCUCUCAUGCAAUGCCAGGAGAAGUGGAUCGCCGUGAAGCUACUGGGUCGUAUACAACGGUGCGAGGAUGAGCGUGUCCGGAAUCGGGUUGUCAAAAUGCACGGCUACCAAAUCCUCAAUUCACAGCUGGCCAUGUGGAAAGAAGACCACAAUGUGAUGCUACAGAUCCUCGACAUUCUGGACACCUUCCCGCGUCUCACACGGAACAAAAUCAUUGAUUCGAAAAUUGAGACCAAUAUCCAGCCAUUGACGAAUUGUGGUGAUGAGCAUGUGGAGAAGAAGGCUGUGGCUCUCCUGGCUAGUUGGGCCAACCUUGAAGUUGGAUACCGAAUCCCACGAAUGAAACGGGGCGAGCAGCAGACGAAGCAGGCCGUCAACCAGUUCGAGCGCCGCGAGUCUGGACGCGAAGGCCAGCAACAACAGCGUUCGAAGACCCGUUCUCCAUCCCCAAUAUACGAACCUCAACAGCAACGAGGGCAUGGUCCACCUCGACGAGAACGAAACCCACACAACCAUGGGCAAGGGCGAUCUCGCCGUGACCGUCGCAAUCGCCAACCUCUGCCGGAAGGAUGGUUCACUGCAGAGGCCGAUGGCGGUCGUAUGUAUUACUACUCGGCGUCUGGCGAAACCACCUGGAAUAGGCCGACAGCUCCGGCCACCCCUCAGUCCGCAGCUCCUCCUCCCGCGAACAAGCAAAAUUUGGCCCUGCAGAGCAUCAUUGAUGGGAUCAUCAACUCCCAGGAGAGGACACCCUCGGAGCAGAAGACGGAGACUCCAGGAACACCACAGCCCAGCUCUGAUCACCCGCCAGAAAAGAAAAAGAAGGAGGCCGACUGGUGGAAGAAGCUUUCCUUGGAGAAACAAAAGAAGCUUUACGAGAACACGCUUCAUCCUCAUAUCAAGCAUGUGGUCGACCAAUACAAGCACAAAAUUCCCAAGGAUCAUCUCAAAAGAUUUGCCAAAGAGACGGCCAAGAAACUCGUGGAGGGUGACUACAAAAAACAACGCGUAACGGAUCCUACCAAAAUCAGCGAAAAACACCAACAGACCGUUAAAAGCUACUGCAAGUCCUUCUUUGACAAGGCUGCGUCCAAACACAAGGAGCGCGAGAAACGCAAGGCCGAAAAGGGCCACAAGCAAGGCAAUGACGACGCCAGACUCGACAGUACCCCCGCUGACGACCCAGACGUCAAAAUGUCCGAUGACGAGGCCGAUACUGCAGCCGGUCCCGCCGCCGCCUCCCCCAUGGACGAUGACGCCUCUUUCAGCUUGAAGCGCAAGCGUAACGACGACAGCUUCAACGCCGCCUCGCCAGAUAUGAACGGUGAUGAAGGCGCGGACAGUUCCCCGUCCAAACGACACAAGUCUACUCCUCCCCCUCCGCCGCCCCCACCUCCACCAAUAGAUCCCAGUGUUGAUGACUCGAAAUUCGAUGUCGAAGACGCAGAUGACUCUGUUUCACCGCCGCCGGUGCCCCCAUCUCCCCCAAAGAGUCUCCCGGAAACGGGAGUGAGAAUGCUUUCAAUGUCGAUAUGGACAUGGGUGACAUGCCAUCACACACAUCGGCGCAAAUCGGCAUCGAGGGCAAAGUAUAGCGAUCCUGGCCCUGUGGGGGGGGGGGGGGGCAACCCAUUCCUUUUCUUUUCUUUCUUUCUUUACCCCCUUUCCCCCCCAUUAUAUCGCAGCCAUUACAGCGCGCAUUUCCCGUGA